AGUCGCCCACGAAAGACCGUGUGGGAAGAUUCUCGAGAGCGAAGGUGAAUGGCCUAUGGUGAGAUGGUACUUCUGCUUGCUCCUCUGGCGGGCCGCGAGCGAGGACGAUGAGAGCUUGAGCGACGUGGCGCUGCUUCAGCAAAGCCUCGGGCUGCAGAGGACGCGGGACAGCCUUUGUCAGAGAGAGAGCUGCACGCCCGCGGUCUUUAUCGUGACCUCGGGGCGCACGGGGUCUACCACCCUCAUGCACAUGCUGAACCUCAUCCCCGGGUAUGACAUCAAAGGCGAGAACCUGAAUUUGGCGUCUGACAUCUAUGACAUGCAUCAGGAGCGGGAAAGUGAUUGGAAGACCUACAAGUCCAGCACCCUCUACGCGUGGCACCACAGCAAUGCAAGGAACGACUCUGAGAUUGACUGCAGCAUGCGGAUGAUGGUCAUGGCAGAGCUCAAUCCAGACCCCAACGCACGGGUCGUCGGCUUCCGGGC